UCAAACCAAUAUGGCGGCUGCCAGGAUGAAUUUCUGAAAAUGCACCGUUUUCAAGCACUAAAAAUACAAUUUUCAAGGCAAACCAUCUACUAAGUUGCAUUCCUUUGGAAUUCUAUCAUUCAAAAGCAUCCAUAGACGUUAUCAGCGAUGCUAUCGGGCAGCGAUCAAAACUUUGUGACGGGAUUUUCAAGCCAAUGUUUCCCAGUGAGGAGUUUGGCAAAUUAUAGAAAGAUUGACGAAGGUGGAGCAUGGCUAGUAGCCUAUAAAGCAGAACAACGUCAGAGGUUCAAAGCAGUAUUAAGUAAUGAACCAAUUGUCCCAAAACCAGCUAAAGAAAACUUGCAUGAAAAAAGGCAGACGCCAGAGCCAACACAGAGCAAGUCAAAAAAGCUUGAUGGCUUUUAUUUGAUGAAGAAAUUCUUUGUAGAAGAUCCAUCUGACUUGUGCUCCGUCAACAUAAGUGGAAAAGGACUUUACAAUGUAUCUGAGGAUGAUUUUCUAUUGUUUGACAAUGUGGUUCAUGUUGAUGCUGGAGACAACAAUUUGCCUUUCAAUGCUUUCAGGAACUUCAUGUCACUGCGAGAGCUUGAAUUUCCUCUCAAUCAUGUAUCAGGAGGAGUCAAUGUAGGUCCACAUGAUUUCCUCCUUCUGGAGAAGCUUGAUUUGUCCUAUAAUAGGCUCACAUCUGAUGAUAUCCUUGCCUUGGGAGUCAUYCCAUGUCUUAAGACCUUGCAUCUAUCAGGAAAUGAAUUGAGGAGUCUACCAAUGGAGAUGGCCAGAACAUACCGUGCUAUUACAGGAGUGACUAUGUCUGGAACUGUUGAAUCAGAAGACCGCAAAAUUCGCUUUGGUCAACUGGAAAACCUGUUUUUGGAUAACAAUGAACUGACAGAUAUCUCAACAUUCUCAAGUCUUGCUGGUCUUAGGAAAUUGAAAUAUCUAAACUUAGAAAACAAUGAAAUUACUUCAAUACCUCAUCUCCGUCUUCUUGGGGGAAGAGUGCGUCCAAAGGAAGAUGAGUUGGCUGCAAAACACAGCUCAGUGCAAUUCACAUCAACAGAGCUACCAUCAGAUGAAAAUGGGACAGAGGAAGAAGAAAAAGGAAUGAAUCAGGACGACAAAGAAGGGCUGAUUAUGGAUGAAGUUGAUGAAUUGCUUGGAAUGAAACUCCCUGGAGAUGAAAAUGGAGAUGUUAAUGGUGAAUCUGAGAUUAUAAAGUUGAGACAUCGUGCAAGCACAAUAACAGAGGAUACUUCAUUAUUAGAUGACAAGUUUAAGCCACCCAAACCAUUUCCUUCUCUACUCCAUCUUAAUCUCUCCAACAACAUGAUUUAUGAGGAAGAAGGUCUGUUAGCUGUAAUGGGAUGGCCAAAGCUGAAAGAGUUGGUCAUCUGGGGAAAUCCUYUGACUACAGCUUUCAAGGGUGAUCCACCUAUYCUGUCCUUUCAGCUGGGAAAAGUCAAAGGGAUGAGAAUAUUUAGACAGAAACCAAGCAAACGACCUAAACCUCGUGUAAAUCUUUCAACGUUUGCUGGUUAUAGAAAGAUCAACGACGCUUUACCUCCAGUACCACGUAAGCGCGAUAUCCUCAUGCUUGAGAGCCCCUCCAAACCACUGCCCAUYUCAUACGUUGGACCUCACUCUCGUCCACUCCCUCCGAUAUCUGCACCGUCCGGUGAAUUUAGAACGACYACUGAUAACGUAGUAUCCCCGAGGCAGUUGAACACAGCUCCGACAAAGAAACAUGGUUAUUCAAAGAAUAAAAGGUCGCGUAGUGUACCGGUACCACAACCCUCUCAGGAGCCACGCUCAGAAGCGGRAGAAGCUGAAGAAGGAGAAAGAGUUAAAACGACUGCAGAAAUGACCUCAGAUGUUGACACGACUACCCCUAGACAGCAUCAACAGGCUGCUAAUACCGAUGAAGGCUUCUUUUUGACUCAGGUCGAUGAGCCUGCAGAGGGCGAAACCACAGACCGCGUCCCAAAGUCCAAGCGCUAUUCUAGGAAAUCCAAACACCAGCAUCCUGAUCGUCCAUUUAGUGUGGAAACCAAGUACAARGGUUAUGAAGAUCUUCUUGAUGUCGAUGAGAAUGAUCCAGAUAUCGUUAUACCGAAAGACAUUCUGGGUAGUGUGCGAUCAUUGCAAUACAUCCUGCAGCAUCCUCUUGUCUUCACUGAUACCAAGGGAGUUUACAAAGAAACACCUAAGACCAAGGAGAAAUCCAAGGAAAAAACGUCUCGACAAAAUAAAGUAGAAGCAAUGGGAGAAUUAUUGGAUAAAAUGAGAGUUGAAAACAAGAUUAUCGAGUCCAACUUAGAAAAUGUCCUUCAAAACUUUCACAAAGAUAAAAAUUUACGAAAGCAAUUUCCUGAAGCAAAGAAACUUCUGGAUGAGGUUCAAGCCAAAUAUAACGAAGUCCGCAUGAAAUCACUUCGCGCUAACGCCACACAGACCCAAGACAUAUUGAAUUCUGCGAUUUCUCGAGACWCUUCGRCCUCAAUUGAUUCGUCUAUCCUUGAGGACGAUAAGCAUAUCUUAGAAGAACUUGCUAAAUUCAAAAAGAGACUAGAUGGGAGAUUAUAAUAGAAGGAAUGAUUUUAUAAAAUAUUCAAGUUGUAAAAUGUAUAUAAUGGUAUAUAUCAAUUAAAACGA